AAAAGUCAUCACAUGAUGAAAUGUGAUCGGGUAAUAAAAUUUAACGCCUUAACCAGGGCCUCCUGCACAGGAUAUCUGCCAGAUAUGAAUGCGUAUUGAGUUGUGACAGUUGUCACAGAGGUUUUCUGUGAGUAGUCCUGUUGAUUGCAUAACCAUGGGAAUGCAUAGAUGGCUUUUAUGUCCAUUAAUAUGUUUAAUACUGGCGGUAACCUCUGCUAGACCUCCAGAAUGCGAAGAAGCUCCUUCGUGGUCCAUUGGAGGUCGCCAGCCUCUAGUAGAAGCCAAAGGAAAGGUGACUUUGGUAGCGUUGCUGCAAGCAUCCUGACAGUUCUGUCUGGAGCAGGCAUCAAGGCUGGAAUCUCUGCUUAAGCGCUAUGAUUCUUAUGGCAUGACAGACCUGCAAUUCAUUAUCGUAAACCAUAAAGCACCUCAUGCGCAAGAACUGUUGCAUGAACUACAGGAGCGUGUAUCAUUCGAUGUAUACCAAGAAACAGAAGAUGAACCAGUUUGGGAUAUUAUGGAAGGUGGAAAAGAUGACAUGUAUGUCUAUGACAGAUGUGGAAAACUUACUUACUACGUGCCAUUUCCUCUAAGCGUCAUAACCGAAGAACAGCCUAUCGUAGCCACUGCAGUGCUAGCAACAUAUUUUAGAAGUCCAUGUGGUGUAACUUGCGAGAAAAAUAGUUCGACUGCGGUGGAAGAAUUUAUAAAAGAGUUUGAACACGAAGAAAAUAUGACAAAACCAAAUGCAGAAGUAACGGGUAAUGAAUUACUUAACAACACUUAUAACGAGACAGAUACUCAAACAGAAAGUUUUAAUGCAUCAAAUUCUGAUGAACCUGUAGUGGAGCAAAUUGAGUAUCCUGAAAACAGAAAGGAAAAUGGACUAUUGUAUGAGUAUUAUUAUCCUGAUUACCAAGAAGGAAAUUUUACUUCGGAAAGUGAGAACUCUAGUGACUCUAGUAUUAAUAAAGCACAACAAUUUCUAAAAAAUUUAUUCAAUCUCUUUUUUAGUACAGAGGAAGAUACGCUUAGCACGACCGAAAAUGUAUUUAAUUCAUCCUCUUUUAAUGCAUCUCAAGAAAAUGUUGAAAUCUCUGAAAGAAGAAAUAACACCAGCGAUAACACUUCCUAUCACCAUCAUCAUGGAAUAAGUAAAGAAAACUCUAAGGCUUUUGCAGAAGGAGACGCAAAGCAUAGAAAAAAAUCCGAUCGUUGCGCUGAAGCUAAUAUGCAAGUAUGCAAGAACUGGAGUAAAAAACGUUUACUUCACGCCCAAAAAUGUUGUUCUGCAACCAUUGGAGAUAGAAAGGUGUUAGAGUAUGACCCUCAAGCAUGUAAAAAUUUCGGCAAGAAGCGUUGCAAGAAGAUACAAACUAUUCUCAAAUGUUGUAUCAAAACAACAUUGAUGGAUACUAAUACCACCAUUGCCAAUGCUACAAUUGUAGCUGAAACUGCUCUUUCUUCUGAUAAUGCUUCUGUUACUGAUUCUGCGCCUGUAGCAGUAUCUGACACUGCUGUUACAUCUUCUGCAGCUCUUCUUAUUGCUUAUGAUACUUCUACAGUUACAAGUACAUCUAGUACUGAAGAAAUAUCAGUUACUGAAACCUCCAGUCUAGAAGUUGUCUGUUGUAAAGAUGUCAAAAAUAAUAAAUUUUGUCGUGUCUCUGAAACAUGUAAUGAUGACGAGUACAUUGACCAAAGUAAACCUGUAGCUAUGUGACAAAGAGUUGCAUGACAAAAAAGCCCUGCAAAGGGCAACGAAGAAUUUAAAAACUCAAUAAAACGUAUUUGAUGACAAUAAGUUUUACGCCUGUCUGGCAAUGAAGUGAUUUCGACGCCAUCUAUGUUUUAAUUAAAAAUAUUCUUGUAAUAUAAUAUGUAGAUACUACAGUAGCUUGUAAAAUUUUGUGCUCCAUUUUUUCUCAUUAACUUUUACGAAGUAGAAAUUAUUUUUUUCAUAAUAGCGCAAUAAUUAAAAUACGCAUAAGUACCUAUAAAAAUACCCAGUUUAGUAAAAUGCAAAUAACAUCAAAAUAAGUAAGUUUCAGUAUAGUUUAAAAACAAGCAAAAUGCAAUAAUAAUAUAACUAUUACCUUUUACUCGCAAAUUUAGUUUAUCAUCAUCUCAACGUAUAAAAAGUAUUAGGAAACAAAACUUUGUAGAUCAGUUUGCUUAUGUAAUACUGAAAAUUCUAAUUUAUGAAACAAAAUUGUUUUUAGUUUUGCACGUAGAAAAAUAGGAGCACAUCUCCACAUAGCCCGCAUUUGCUUGCCUAGUUUUAAUGAAAUUUGCAUGCCUUUGCGAAUUACCAUUAUACGUUUCAUGCAGCGUCAGGAAAAAAAUCUAUAGUUGGUUUGGUUUAUUUAAUUAUGGCAAAGCACACUACGGCUAUCUGCCUAAGGAGAGGGAUGCGUUCGUGGAGGACUUUCUAAGGGAAACUGACUCGUAUACACGUUACACAUGGGGAAAAACCACGAAAACACCCAUGCAGCCAGCCCGUUCGCUGGAUUCGAAACUCGGACCGAACUACCAGUGUUCAGCGACUUUUACCGCUCGUCCGCUGGUGGGCCAAUCUAUAGUUGGAACAGGAACACUGAAAAUCAGUAAAUUUGAAUCGUAUGGUUCCUUUAGAUCAGGGGUUCUAACUUAGCUUUUCAUUAUUUAGUUUUAGUUUAUGAAUAUUCAAAAGAUUAUACUUUUAUUCAAGUUUUGGUAUUUAUCAAUAUUUUUUUAUACUUUUUAAUGUUUAAUAAAUAAAGCACGUUAAAAAACAAUCUAAAUAUAUGCAUAUGUAUUUUUCAAGUUUGGGAAAGAAGGGGCUAGUAGCGCUGACGAAAGGUUUGCACGAGGCAAAAAGGUUGAGAACCCCUUUCUUGGAUCGUAGUUGCCCAUUAUGGGGUAUCGCUAUUUCGCGAUGUGCACGUAAAUUGAACAGCGGAUUUCAUGCGAGUGGCAUUUACAGUUUAUAGUUGCUUAAAUUGAGGGCUAUCGCUAUUUCGCUUCGUGCUUUUGAGUCAGGCAGUGGAUUUGAUAACGAGUGACUCCUAUAGCUUGUGGUUCUAAAGACAUAGGAUAUCAUUACUUCGCAGCAUGUCUCGAGCCAGCAGCGUCAAGUUGAUUUCGAAUGUUUCGUUUUCUUAAGUUUACUACUAAUUGUACAGUGGAACUGUGCAUGUACGACCACACGAAAAAUUAUGUUGUCCCGUCCGCUUCUGAUUGCACCCGUAGUCAAAUAGAUUGCAACAUUACCUGAAUAGGAGGGGAAAAAGAGUACAGAAGCUAAUCGUUUGAGUAGUAAUAUCACUGUAGAAUAUGUAGGGGGGGAUUGGUAAAUAAACCUUAGAGCAUGCAGUUAAUAUACGUUCUCGGUGUUUAUUUUCAUUAAAAUUCAAUAAGAUUUGAAGAAUUGUAUAAUAGAUAAACAAAAUAUAUCAAGGCGUAAAAAUCACUUCAUUGUUACUUUUACAUUUUCAAGGAACUCUAAUGUAUGAAAACAAUGAAAAAAAUCCUAACGGAAGUUCAUUGUUGGAUGUUAUGGAGUUCUGUAAAGCAAAUAAUAAAUAGUAUGAAACAUUUCUAUUUAAAUAUUUUAAUUACAAUAUUUGUAUUUAAAGUAUGGAAAUAAAAGGAAUUUUGUAGCAAUAUUUAUAUUUUUAUUCUUCGAAAGUAAAUGUUUCAAAUGUAGAAAAGCAUAGCAUAUGUUCUUUGCUUAAAGCAGGAUGUUUUCCUGCUAAUAAUGGCUAAUUAUUCUUCGAUUUUUCUUAAUAAAACUGUGUAGUUUGUUUGUUAUUUUAUGUACAAAAACAAAGGAAUUCAGAGAGUUUUGUUUAUUAUUGCUCAGUCUGCAAAGAAUUAAAUGAAACUAUUUAAAUUAUUGUCUAAUAAAUUUAUACCGUUAUAGAGAAAACGUAUCUUAUAAGAUGGACUACAUAUAAAUCAUUUCGACAUUUAUGUUACAUAUUUAUUUCUAGUUGCAAAGAUGUGAAAAAGUAUUAUCUGCAGUGAAUGUACUAAUUGAUGAGCCGUGUUAUGUAUUAGAAUUAUGGAGUUGUAAUUUAAUGCAUGUACAACAAACAGUAUUUUAUCAAGAUUAUCAGUGAUUAUUUUGUGUUUUAGUUAUUUUAAAAAAGAUAUAAAUUAUUUAAUAAAUAAUAUCUUUAAAGAAUUUAAAAGUUACGAAAUAAUUACUGUAAUUAUUUAGAAAUGAUUGCUACUGAAGUUUACUUUUAAUAUAACUCAGGUCUUUGUAUUAUGCAUUUUAUGUGACUCACAGUUUUGAUGAAUAUGUAACUAACUUAUUUACAGCUUUUAUAUAAAAUGAAUGGACUGAAAUUCUAAAUCAUUCUCAAAGAGAUAAAAGCUCAAUAUAUCGUAAAUGAAGACACCGGAAAAAACUUUUAAAGGGACCGGUUGUUAGAUGGACUGGUAUUGAGUUUUAAACCUGAGAAUGAUUUUGAAGGACAGUGUAUGUAUAAUAUUUAACUUGUUAUUUUGCUGUAUAUAAAUAUAUUUUAUUUUAGUGUAAUAAAAGCAAUCUAAGAUUUGUUUUAAA